AUGGUACAGAAAUCCUCUCGUUUUCUGACCACCUCAUUCAUUCCACCCACCCGCGAAUUUCCGAAGUACUCAGAAGAAGAAAGAGAAGAGGAGGAAUUUGACGAGUGCGACGUCGUUUGGUCUUCCUCCUCCUCCCCUGAAAAAACCACCACCACAAGCACAACCGCCGGAAUCCCCGCCAUUUCUACCUCCUCCAGCACCGGACUCUCCUCCGUACUCUCCGUCACUGAACCUCAAAGCCCAACCUCAAUCCAGCGCAAAACGACGUCAUCCCCUGUUUCAAUGAUUUCGUCAUCUUUGACCCGGAGUGAUGGGCAUGGGUUAGCGGGUUAUUAUUACGGGAAGAAGUUUCAUCAGUCGGCUCCUGUGAAUGUUCCCGUGUGGCCCACCGGGCCUGGUUAUGCUAAGAAUAGGCCUUUCGUUGGGCUGGGCCGGUUUGAUGAAGAUGCUGACGUGGAUGAUGAUGAUGAUGAUGAUGAAGAAAUGGUGCCUCCGCAUGAGAUUGUUGCCAGGUCGCAUAAGGCGACGUCGUUUUCGGUGAUGGAAGGUGCUGGAAGAACUCUGAAGGGUAGGGAUUUGACCGCAGUGCGAAAUGCUGUGUUCCAAAAAACUGGCUUUCUUGAAUGA